AAAAUGGCAGAACCACCUUAAAAAUAUUUUUUUUCCCGAUUGGGCGGCUUUUGGAGCUGUUGCCGCCUAACACGUUAACCAGACCUAAGUUUAGUACUGAAAAUAUACCAUUUUUAUUAUACAUGUAAAAGACCCACAGCGUAUUUCAUUACAUCAGUUGUGUCGUCCCCGUCGUUUCUUGUAGGUGGUUUUUAAUUUUAAGUUUAUAAACGAUAGCUACCCACCUCUAUGCCGGCGCCAUGUGUGGCUUUGCCAUUGGCCACUUCACAAUCACCCAAUCUGAAACCAAAAUAAAACGCCAUUAAAAUAAUAUGUUUGUUUUAUAUUACUAAAAUGCCAGCUUAUAACCCGUAAUAAUUGAAUCGAAAAACAUGUUGAGAAGACCCGCAGCAUUGCUACGCUUUUCAAUCACAGCCAGAAAUCUGUGGUCUUUGUUGGGAUUCCGAUUUGCCCCAAAUUUGGCCUCUUGUACUACACUUCAACUGUCUGCAUCUUCAACUGCUGGCUAUAGAACCAGAACUAGAUUCAGGGCCAUGUCAACAUCAGUGAAUUCAACGCCUGUAAAUGAAAAAGAUGAACAAGUAUUUCAAGAUUUGAAGUUACUUAAUGCAGUCAAUGAUAGAUAUGGAGGAGUAUUUGUUGAAGUGAGAGAAGCUAUGGAUUCUGCCCUCUUUGGUUCAGUGCUUAGAGCUUCAAUAGCACAGUGGCGACACCAGGGUAAAAAGGGUGUGUGGAUCAAAUUGCCUAUUCAGCAUGUCAAUCUUGUUGAAGCUGCUGUCAAGGAAGGAUUUUGGUUUCACCAUGCUGAGCCAAAUUACUUGAUGCUUUGUUAUUGGAUUCCUGAAGGUACACAUACUCUUCCUGCAAAUGCUUCACACCGGAUAGGCAUCAGUGCAUUUGUCAUGAACGAAAAGAGAGAGGUUUUAGUGGUUCAAGAGAGCACCGGACGGUUUCAAGGUACGGGUGUGUGGAAGUUCCCUACCGGAGUGGUGAAUGAGGGAGAAGAUAUCUGCGCAGCUGCGGUUCGAGAAGUCAAAGAAGAGACAGCAGUUGAUACAAAAUUUAUCGAAAUACUGGCAUUCAGACAAAGUCACAAAGCAUUAUUCGAGAAGUCGGAUAUAUUCUUCCUAUGCCUGCUCGAACCACUUUCUUCAGAAGUUCAGAAGCAGGAAACCGAGAUAGAGGCAGCCAAGUGGAUGCCAUUUGAAGAAUACAAGGCACAGCCAUUCGUCCAGAAACACGAACUCUUGAAAUACAUUGUCGAUAUAUGCUUGGCAAAGAAAGAUGGAAACUAUUCCGGGUUUUCUCCGGUGCCUACCACAUCGGCAUUCUCAGACGAAAAGAACUUCAUGUACUUCAACACUACUGACCUCAAUGGGCAGUAAAUCCUGGUUUAUGGCGCCUAACAUUGUACAUGGGGCAAGGGUUCAACUUCUAAAAUUCAUAAAUAAAUUCUUUUGAUUUAUACAAAUGAUGCUACCUGUUGCACAACAUUGAAUAAAAUGAAUGAUUCAUUCAAAGUUUAGAUUUGAA